GUGCAGAAGAACAUGUUCCCCAACUGGCUCUGGUCAUGGAUUUCUAAGUCCCAGCAGGAUGUAGUGAAGUCCAUCCUGAUUGCGGCUCCAGGAGGACCAGCAGGGUACCUGCAGUGGGCUAGUGUAGCCCAGAUGACUCAGGAGCUGAGCAUUUCCUUCUUCCAGUGGCAGCAGCUGCCGGCCGCUAUGGCAGACACCUUCCUGGAACAUCUGUGCCUGCUGGACAUCGACUCUGAGCCUGUGGUCGCUCGCAGUACCAGUAUCAUCGCCACGAUCGGGCCGGCAUCUCGCUCCGUGGAGCGCCUCAAGGAGAUGAUCGCGGCCGGGAUGAACAUCGCGAGACUCAACUUCUCCCACGGCUCCCACGAGUACCAUGCUGAGUCCAUCGCUAACGUCCGGGAGGCGGUGGAGAGCUUUGCAAAUUCUCCGCUCAGCUACCGACCCGUGGCCAUCGCCCUGGACACCAAGGGACCAGAGAUACGCACUGGGAUCCUGCAAGGGGGCCCGGCGUCAGAAGUGGAGAUAGUGAAGGGCUCCCGGGUGCUGGUGACCGUGGAUCCAGAGUUCCGGACGCGCGGGGACGCGAACACCGUGUGGGUGGACUACCCCAGUAUCGCCCGAGUCGUGCCGGUGGGGGGCCGGAUCUACAUUGACGACGGGCUCAUCUCCCUAGUGGUCAAGAAAAUCGGUCCAAAAGGGCUAGAGACCGAAGUGGAGAACGGCGGUGUCCUGGGCAGUCGGAAGGGCGUGAACUUGCCAGGCGUCGAGGUGGACCUGCCCGGGCUGUCCGAGCAAGAUGUCCAGGACCUGCGCUUCGGGGUGGAGCAGGGCGUGGACAUCAUCUUUGCCUCUUUCGUGCGGAAAGCCAGCGACGUGGCUGCCGUCCGGGCUGCUCUGGGGCCGGAAGGACAGGGCAUCAAGAUCGUUAGCAAAAUCGAGAACCACGAGGGCGUAAAAAAGUUCGAUGAAAUCCUGGCGGUGAGCGACGGCAUUAUGGUGGCCCGGGGUGACCUGGGCAUUGAGAUCCCGGCCGAGAAGGUUUUCCUGGCUCAGAAGAUGAUGAUCGGCCGUUGCAACUUGGCGGGAAAGCCCGUUGUCUGUGCUACACAGAUGCUGGAGAGCAUGAUCACUAAGCCCCGGCCGACUCGGGCAGAGACGAGUGAUGUGGCCAACGCCGUUCUGGAUGGGGCGGACUGUAUCAUGCUGUCGGGGGAGACUGCCAAAGGCAGCUUUCCUGUGGAGGCUGUGAAGAUGCAGCAUGCGAUUGCCCGGGAGGCAGAGGCUGCCGUGUACCACCGGCAGCUCUUUGAGGAGCUACGGCGGGCAGCACCACUGAGCCGGGAUCCCACCGAGGUCACCGCUAUUGGUGCUGUGGAGGCUGCCUUCAAGUGCGGUGCUGGUGCCAUCAUUGUGCUGACCACCACUGGCCGCUCAGCCCAGCUUCUGUCUCGGUACCGACCUCGGGCAGCAGUCAUUGCAGUCACCCGCUCUGCUCAAGCUGCCCGCCAGGCCCACCUGUGCCGAGGAGUCUUCCCUGUGCUCUACCGUGAACCUCCAGAGGACAUCUGGGCCGACGAUGUGGACCGCCGGGUCCAAUUUGGCAUCGACAGUGGAAAGCUCCGUGGCUUCCUCCAUUCUGGGGACCUGGUGAUUGUGGUGACAGGCUGGCGACCAGGCUCUGGCUAUACCAACAUCAUGCGGGUGCUGACCGUAACCUGA